AUGAAGGGAAUGGAGAGGAGGCUAAGAGUGAGCGAGUUGGCAAUUAGACUGGCUGCGUUUGGUUUUGCGGUGACAGCUUCAGCUCUUGUUGGAAGCGAUAGAGAAGUGAGGAUGUUCUUUUCUUUGGAGAAAAGGGCUAAGUUUACAGACAUGAAGGUCUUCGUGUUUUUGGUGGCGGCUAAUGGGAUAUUAGCUGGGUAUAACUUGUUGCAGUUGGUGCGGUGCUUUGUGGGGAUUAUGAAGGGGGGUGUUUUAUUUGGAAAGGGCUUUGCUUUUGUUGUGUUUUCCUGUGAUCAGGGUAGAAUAGUUAUAUACUCGUACCGCUUCUCCCUCCCCGAAUUAAUGAAGUUACCACCGGUUUUACAGUCUAAAAAUGGAGUUUUUGUUUGCGGUGAGGUAGAUGGGAGAUUAUUGGGUCCAGACAUGGGACACAACUUACAUUCAGUACUUCAUAGUACCGAGCAGUAUUGA